AUGGAGGCAAAAUUGACAUCAAGUGACUCUCAAAAUAGCAUUGAAGAUGAAAAUCAAGGGUCCAGCUAUCGAUCUAGGAAUUGAGAGGUAAAAUUCAACAAUAAACUUCUUAUUUUUAAGCUAAAUUUUACCAAACUUUAUUUCCAAAAAAUGAUUUAUUUUUGCCUUUAUACCCAAGCUCCUGCACCAGGGUUAUCAGAUCCUUCUACAGCUUCAUCAAUAUCAUCAGUCCUUUCAAUAUCUUGCCAAGUCAAUCCUUCAGCAUCUUCAGUCGGCGUUAUUAAGGCCAGACUUGCAUAA